CUCGGGUGCCGUAAGCCUCCAGAGCUCUAGAUGCCGCUGUGGCUCUAUCGUGGGGACGGGUAUGCGUCUCUAUGGUUUUAAGUUGGGGGCGGAGAAGCUGGGAAAUGAUGGCUGUUGAAGAGGAAGAAGUCAAGGAGGUCUUGCAGAAAUUGCAGGAACUGGUGGAUCAGCUGUAUUCAUUUCGAGAGUGCUAUUUCGAGACACAUAGUGUUGAGGAUGCUGGGAGGAAGCAACAAGAUGUGCGGGAAGAGAUGGAGAAGACCCUGCAGCAGAUGGAAGAAGUAGUGGGUUCUGUCCAGGGCAAUGCACAGGUUCUGAUGCUGACUGGGAAAGCACUGAAUGUGACUCCUGACUAUAGCCCCAAGGCUGAGGAGCUUCUGUCUAAGGCUGUGAAGCUGGAGCCCAAGCUGGUAGAAGCCUGGAACCAGCUGGGUGAGGUGUACUGGAAGAAAGGGGAUGUUGCAGCUGCCCACACCUGCUUCUCAGGAGCCCUCACCCAUUGCAAGAACAAAGUCUCCCUUCAAAACCUGUCAAUGGUGCUUCGCCAGCUGCGGACUGACUCUGGAGAUGAACAUUCUCGCCAUGUCAUGGACAGUGUCCGACAGGCUAAGUUGGCUGUGCAGAUGGACAUCCUUGAUGGCCGCUCCUGGUAUAUUCUGGGGAAUGCCUACCUUUCUCUUUACUUCAAUACUGGCCAGAACCCUAAGAUCUCCCAGCAAGCCCUCAGUGCUUAUGCCCAAGCAGAGAAAGUUGACAGGACAGCUUCCAGCAAUCCUGAUCUUCAUCUGAACAGGGCAACGUUACAUAAAUAUGAGGAGAAUUAUGGUGAGGCCCUGCAGGGCUUCUCUCGGGCUGCAGCACUGGACCCUGCCUGGCCAGAGCCCUGGCAACGAGAGCAACAGCUCCUGGAUUUCCUGACUAGAUUAACCAGCCUCCUUGAGAGCAAGGGAAAGGUGAAGACCAAAAAGUUACAGAGCAUGCUGGGAAACUUGCGCCCAGCCCACCUGGGCCCUUGUGGUGAUGGGCGCUACCAGUCAGCCUCGGGGCAGAAGGUGACUCUGGAGCGCAAGCCCCUGAGUGCUCUGCAGCCCGGUGUAAAUAGUGGAGCUGUGGUCCUGGGAAAGGUGGUGUUCAGCCUUACCACAGAGGAGAAAGUCCCCUUUACAUUUGGCCUGGUAGAUUCAGAUGGACCUUGCUAUGCAGUUAUGGUGUAUAAUAUGGUGCAGAGCUGGGGAGUACUCAUUGGGGACUCUGUAGCCAUCCCUGAGCCUAACCUUCGUCUUCACCGAAUUCAGCACAAGGGAAAGGACUAUUCCUUUUCCAGUGUUCGUGUGGAGACACCCCUCCUGUUGGUGGUGAAUGGGAAGCCUCAGGGCUCCAGCAGCCAGGCUGCUGCCACGGUGGCAUCGAGGCCACAGUGUGAAUGACCCUCCUUUGAUUGCAUGCUGAAGAGAGAGUGGAGGCCAGGAGAUAAGCUCAAGGGCACUCGGCAGCUCCAUCAGCCACUUCUAGUUACGCAACUGGAAUUGGGGGGAUGUUUUAGAUGACAACUUUCCUUCCUCUGCCCUGUAAGACACUUGUGUCUUGUAUUACGUUUCAGCUCUCUCUGGGGCUACACAUGUUCGUGGAAUAUCUCUCCUGCCUCUUUGCUUGCUCUUCUAUGUUUUGGCAAAGAGCGUGGAAUUGGUAGAAGGGUUGGCACCUUGCCAUGGGAUAGAGUCCCCAAGGUUCCCCUUCUUGUCUCCUUCCUGAGCCUCAUGUGUAUAUAUCAUUUCAGUAUUUAUUGCUAAGGGAGGGGGCUUAAUUUUUUAAUGACUUAGUUUUUAAGCAAUUUUUAUUUUAUUUUUAUUUUAAAAUUUAGGUUCUUCCCCUUCUUUGGGGCUGGAACAGAAUUAAAUUUGUUUGGAAAAAAAAAA